AUGCCUCCUCCGCCUCACCAAAAGCCCGAGAAUGUCCUGAAGCGGGCUCACGAGCUCAUCGGCGUCAAGCAGGCACCGGCCGCCCUGACCCUCCUCCACGAGCACAUCACCUCCAAGAGAAGCCGAAAUGUUCCCAUCGCGUCGCUGGAGCCCGUGAUGCUCCUGUUGGUCGAGCUCUCCGUCGAGCAGAAGAAGGGAAAGCUGGCCAAGGAUGCCCUGUACCAGUACAAGAACAUCAGCCAGAACACCAACGUCGCAACGAUCGAGCUGGUUCUCAAGAAGUUCAUCGAGCUCGCCGCCGAGAAGGUCACCGCCGCCCAGCAAAAGGCCGACGAGGUCCAGUCCACCAUCGACGCUACCACUUCCACCGCCAACGUCGACGAUUUGGAGGCCAGCGAAACCCCGGAAUCCAUCCUCCUCGCCACCGUCUCCGGCGAGCAGUCCCGCGACCGUACCGACCGUGCCAUCGUCACCCCGUGGCUCAAGUUCCUCUGGGAGGCUUACCGUACCGUCCUCGACAUCCUCCGCAACAAUGCCCGCCUCGAGGUCCUCUACCAGAGCACGGCCAUGCAGGCCUUCGACUUCUGCUUGAAGUACACUCGUAAGACCGAGUUCCGCAGACUUUGCGAGCUGCUCCGCAACCACGUCCAGACCGCCGCCAAGUACUCCACGCAGAUGCACGCCAUCAACUUGAGCGACCCCGACACCCUGCAGCGUCACCUGGAGACUCGUUUCCAGCAGCUGAACGUUGCCGUUGAGCUCGAGCUCUGGCAGGAGGCUUUCCGCUCCGUUGAGGAUAUCCACACCCUCCUCAACCUCAGCAAGCGCCCUCCCAAGCACAUCAUGAUGGCCAACUACUAUGAGAAGCUUACCCGUAUCUUCCUCGUCGGCGAGAACUACCUCUUCCACGCUGCCGCCUGGUCCCGUUACUACACCCUCCUACGUCAGUCCGCUGCCCUGGUCUCUACUGGUCAGAGCAAGAAGGCCGACAGCCCGUCUGCCACCGAUGCCGACCUCGAGAAGGCCGCCUCCUUCGUGUUAUUGUCCGCCUUGGCCAUCCCCGUCAUCAGCACCACCCGCUCUCGCGGUGCCAUGGUUGACUUUGACGAGUCGAGGAAGAACAAGAACGCCCGCCUUACCCACCUUCUGGGUAUGUCUCAGGCCCCUACCCGUGCCGGUCUCUUCCGCGAUGCCCACGCCAAGGGCCUGCUGAAGCGCGCUCGUCCCGAGAUCCGCGACCUCUACAACAUCCUCGAGGUCGACUUCCACCCUCUGUCAAUUUGCCAGAAGAUCUCUCCCAUUCUAACCAAGAUCGGCGCCGACGCUGAGAUGGAGAAGUACAUCCUGCCUCUCCAGCAGGUCAUCCUUACCAGACUCUUCCAGCAGCUCUCGCAAGUGUACGAGACCGUCGACCUCAGCUUCGUUGAGCGCCUGGCCGAGUUCCCCGAGCCCUUCCAGGUUACCCGCGGCACCAUUGAGAAGUUCAUCAUGAACGGCAACAAGAAGGGUGACCUGGCCAUCCGUAUGGACCACGCCACCGGCGUUCUCAGCUUCGACAACGACGUCUUCUCUUCUGCCAAGGCUGCUCACGCCGGCUCUUCCGCCGGUUCCGCCGAGGCCGACGGUAGCUCCGUCCAGCGCCUGCAGAGCACUCCUUCGGAGAUUGUUCGUUCUCAACUCACUCGUCUCGUCAAGUCCCUCCACACUACCUGCUUCUACGUCGACCCCACCUACAACCAGUCUCUCGUCGCUGCCAGGGAAGCUGCUCUUGUCCGGGCUAAGGCCGGAGCUGAGCAGGAGCACCACGCCAUUCUUGCGAGAAAGGAGGUCAUCCAGAAGCGCAAGGAGGAGGCCUCCGAGGUUCAGGCUCGAAAGGAGAGAGAGAAUGCCCGCCAGAAGCGCCUUCGUGACCAACUGCUCCAGGAGGCAGAGGACAAGCGCCUCGCCGCCGAGCAGAAGGAGCGUGAGGAGAAGCGCAUGAAGGCCGAGCGUGACCGUGUUCGCAAGGAGGAGCUCAAGAAGCAGAUUGCCGACCUCAAGAUCGGUCCCAAGGUUAUUGACCUGGACCUUGAGAACCUGGACAACCUCGACUCCAGCGCCAUCCACGCCAUCAAGCUGGAGCAGCUCAAGCGCGAGAAGAACGAUGUCAACGAGAAGCUCCGCAUCGUCUGGAAGCGUAUCGACCACUUGGAGCGUGCAUUCCGUAAGGAGGAGUCUAAGAAGUUGGGCGAGGACUACCAGAAGCAGAUCGAGAAGGACCGCGCGACCUACGAGGCCGUCAAGAAGCAAACCCUCAAGGAGUCCGAGGAGAAGCACAAGGAGAGCGUCGAGUUGAAGCACCGUCUCAGCCGCCUGGUGCCCGAGUACACUUCAUUCCGCAACAACCUUCACGACCGCCGCAAGGACGAGUUCGAGAAGCGUCGCAGGGAUGCCGAGAGGGAGCUCGAGAAGCAGAUCGCCGCCCGCAAGAAGGAGUACCGCGAGCGCAAGCUCCGCGAGAAGCGCGAGCGCGAGGAGAAGGAGAGGGCCCUCCGCGAGGCCGAGGAGCGUGCCGCCCGCGAGAAGGAGGAGCAGGAGAGACGCGCCGAGGCCAAGCGCGCUGAGAUGCAGCGCCUCAAGGAGCAGCGCGAGCAGGAGCGCCAGGAGGGUCUCGAGAAGGCCGCGCUCCAGGCGAGACGCGAGGAGGAGGCUCUGGCCCGUCGCAAGGCCGAGAGAGAAUCCCAGCGCGCUGCACCCCCGUCCCGUGUUCCCGAGCGCGGCCCCGUCGAACCUUCCUCCGAGGGUCGUCGCCCGCUCAACCUCCCCGGAGCCGGCAAGUGGCGCGAGCGUGAGGCGAACAAGUCUUCUGCUCCGGCGGAUUCCGCACCCCCGGCUCGUGGACCUCCCGUGGAGCGCUCCGAGCGCCCUGAACGCUCCGAGCGCCCCGAGCGUGCUGAGCGUGCCGACUCCGGCGACCGCCCCAGCGCUGGCCCGCCGCGCCUCAACCUCGCCGGCAACAAGCCCAGCUGGCGUGAGCGUGAGGCCGCCAAGGCCGCUGGCGGCGGUGGCGACAGCAGCAGCACCGCGCCGCCUCCGUCCCGCACCGCUUCUGGUGGUGCGCCCCUCAACCGCGCCGGCUCUGGACGCGGUGAGAACGGUCGCCCUGAGCGCACCGGCUCCCCCGCGCAGCCGGUCGAGCCGCUCAAGCCAUCGGGCGGCGCUGGCAAGUGGGUGCCCCGUCACCUUCGCGACAAGCAGUAA